AUGCCCAAAUACACCGCGAUCAUCAAAUACGACUCCCAGGAAGCUUACCAGCAGCACGGGAGCCAGAUCGAGCAGAUAGCGAGCGACGUCUUCGCCUCAAAAGGCGCGACCGAGCAGGCGCCCUUCUUCUCCACGCGGAGUAUGCCGCCCACGCAUCGGACCUCGUUUGUCGUUCCUGAUGGUGUCUCGGUGGAAGAGCUGAAGAGCGCGGGUUUGCCGGAGGGGGUUUCGUGUGAUAUUGCCGAGGCCAAGUGA